UUAUCACCUUUGUAAGAAGUCUUGUCGCAAGCGCAAAUUAUCGCGGCUGUGCUGAAUAGGAUAUUACGUUGAAAAUUGAACGCCUAUAAAAAUCGGGUAAAUAUAUAUUUUCUGCAACGUUGGCCACGUAUAAAAUUACCUUGGUUUCUAUUUUAAAUAUCCGUAUUGCAAAUUACCGUGGUGUAGAUUUCUUUCUGGUGCAUCCCAUAAGGAAAUCAAUAACAAGAGAAAUAAAGUUUGUGUUAUCUGGCUAACGUAUCAAUAACAACAUUAUGUCUUCUGAUGAUGAUGUAUGGCACACUGUUGAAUCUAGCCGUGGAAAGGCUAAAUCCAAGAAGCAGAUGAAGCAGAAACAGGUUGUGCGUACUGCUCCAGCAGUGGUAAGUCCAAUAGGACCAAUGGUUCCAAUUGAAACAGUGACCCAAGGACAGCUUCGUUUCAAUCAACCAACAAAUAAGCAGAUGUUGUCAUCAGGAAAUGUUAAUAAACUAUCCGAAAAUACAGAUGCAGGUCGUCAUAAGACUUUGUCUAUGGAGAUUGCCAAGCUGAUUGUAAAGGGCCGUGAAGCUAAAGGUAUAAGCCAAAAGGAAUUAGCUGCUAAAAUUUACGAAAGACUGCAAGUUGUUGUCGAGUAUGAAACCGGUAAGGCUAUACCUGAUAGUAAGAUAUUAUCAAAAAUUGAGAAAGUAAUAGAAAUAAAGUUACUUGGAAAAAACAUCGGAGAUAAGUUGGUUCGUUUUCCAAAGACAGGCGGUGCUGAAUUAGUCCUAAAAGGUGGAAAGAGCGCUAGAGGUGGAGCACGCAAAAUAUAAAUUACUGUUUGACAUAUAUUUAGGGUGUAGUAUGAAAAAAUACCACACACGCAAAUUAUUUUUGUUAUUAUUCGGCGAUAAUAGUUUUUUUUCGAUUUCCUAAAAUUAUACGUGUCUUAUCCGAAUAUACAAUAGAUUCAAUAGAUUACAAUAAAUUAUUUAGAUACAUGAACAUCCAUGUAACUUCAGGGCAGCUUAUCGUUUGAUAUAACGGUUGUAAUUAUCUACUAAAAUAAAUUGCUAAACUAAAA